GUAGGAGCCCAUAGAUGGAAUUUGGGAAUAAAAAUAAAAUUCACAUCUUUUUUGUGAGCCCUCCAAAAUAGGGUAGUGAAAUAAAUUAGCAAAAUAGCAAAAUUAAUAUUUUUUGGGUAUUGAAAAAGUAGCCUCUCCCAAAUUCAGAAGGGAAUCACAAGACACAAAGGAGAAUAGUUCCAAAAAUCCUCUCCUUCCUUCUGUGCCACUUCUCUCAUCUCAUUCAACUGCUCUCUGUUGGUUCUCUCAUUCUCUUUCUCUUUCUCUUUCUUUGUGAGAAAAAAAAAAAAAAAAAAAAAGCGCUCUUUUCACACUUCUUUUUAGAAAGAAAAUCCCCAUCAGAGACAGAGAUAGAGAGAUAGAGAAAGACAGCAACUUGAUAUCUAAGCCAAAAAUAACCAAACACCACCUCACCCCAUUUCUGUGUUUUGUGGAUUGAUGGCUGAAACUGUCUUCUCAAAGCUCUCCGAUGAUGUCGUCCUCAACAUUUUCUUUAAUCUCGAAGACGACCCCAGAAACUGGGCUCGUCUCGCCUGUGUUAGCACCAAAUUCUCGUCUUUGAUACGCAAUGUUUGCUGGAAGAACAAAUGCACGAAAGCCAUCCCUUCCGUGGUGGCUGAUCUCCUCUCUGGCUCUUCUUCUUCUUCUUCUUCUUCUUCUUCGCCGCCUGGUGGUUGGGCCGCCCUUCACAAGCUCGCCGUUUGUUGCCCUGGUUUUCUCCACGCCGGUGUUCUCUUAGAGAACUCCGAUUUCGGGUUAGAGCGAGAGCUGGGCCCAGAUGAGAAUUUCAGGAAGAUGCUUUCUUCUUCUCGACCCACAAAAGCUCUGAAAGAGCCAUCUUCGAGCCGAUUCGAUGUUAAUCCUCCUGAUGUUGGCGGUGCUUCUGGGUUUGAUUGUUCUUGGUCUCUUUACGAUGAUCUUUAUUACGACACUGUUUAUAAUGUCUCCGAAGCUCAAGAUUGUAACGAGAUCGGUGAAGAGGUUGUUGUCGUCGAUAAGAGUGUUGUAGAGGGAGGUUACGAAGUCUCUUCUUCUUCUUGUAAUAAGAGGAGGAAGAUUUGUAGAUCGAUGAGGUCGCAUUUGGCUUCUGGGGUUUGGAAUUUGAGCCGUGAACAAGGGAAUAAGCUUCUUCACAGCCGAUUCCGUGGUGAUUGUUUAUAUAUAUGUGAUUGGCCUGGGUGUGUUCACAUCGAAGAGAAGCGAAAUUAUAUGCUCUUCAGGGGGAUUUUCAAGAACUUCAAAGGGUCUCAGGUAUGGAGGACGAUAAAAGAUGGGAAUCGGAGCAAAAUCGAUUUGAAUUGCGCUUUUUGUCCCUGCAAAGACACUUGGGAUCUCCAUUCUGCUUUCUGCUUGAGGCGGGUUUUUGGGUUCCAUGACGAUGGUGAACCAGUUGUCCGAGCUUAUGUCUGUGAGAAUGGCCAUGUCUCUGGUGCCUGGACCGAUUGGCCUCUCUACACUUAAACGGAACUUCGUGGAGUUUCAUCUUCCUUUUAUGGAGUUUAGAGGAUUUGAGGAACUGCUUUGCGUAUAGUUCUCUUGUAUCUGUCACUGGUUUUGUUUAAUUUUCCGCUGUCGUGUCUUUUAUUUACCUAUUUUCUUGCUUUUGGAUGCGUGUUUCAAUAAAGGAAUUUGUAUUUGGAUUAGGAUGGGAUUUGAAAAUGGGAUUGACUGUAAGAUUGAAAGAGAUUAUAGUAAGAUUUAUCAUGAAGAAAGCUUUGAUUUGCUUGUGGUUCA